AUGCCAUCCCAGUACUUUCCGACAGAUCCGUCGGGGCGGAAGAAGAUUCUGAGGAAGCGCAUAACUGGAGAUGCCGUUAAAUUCGAUGAGGGUGCCCUCCAAUCCUUCGUUACGGGUGGUCACAAGCGCAAAGAAGAAAGGCGAAGAAAAGCACAGCAAGAGAUAAGGAGUAAGAAGCUUGAAGAAAAGCGUAUGAAACGACGCGAAAAAGAAGCCACUAAGCGAGCAGAAAUCCGUAAAACGAAGGCAUUGGUGGAAAGUAACAUUUACCUAAAGAAGACCGUAGAGGAGCUUAGAACCAUUCAAAAAGAGCGGAUGGGUGGCGAGAGCCAACAAACUGCUGAGGAGCGCAGCUUUGUGUCACCAGAUGGAACGUGCAUUAAAGCUGUUAUCAAGAGCCUAUAG